CAAGUAAUAGCAGUAAUCUCAAUUAAUCCUUAUUUGUGUGUAAAAGAAUGAGGAGGGCAGUAUCGUAAUUAAGAAAGGGAGUGGAGAGAGAAGAAGCAGUGUCACAAGGGGAAGAGCUCAUCACCUCAUAUUAAUCUCCUCUCUUCACAAAUUCGCAACUCACCCUGUUUUCUUUUCUCAGAGCUCUCUCACGUAAACGGUAAACCUCAUAAACCUCUCUCUCUCUUCCCCCAUUCUUCAACUGACACAACCAGAAAAAAAUAAUUAAAAAAAAAACCAAAAAUGGCCGCCGAAUUGCCGGACGAUUUCAAAUGCCCCAUUUCUCUCGAGAUAAUGUCCGACCCCGUCAUCCUCUCCUCCGGCCACACCUUCGAUCGCGCCUCCAUCCAGCGGUGGCUCGACGCCGGCCACCGCUCCUGCCCAAUUACCAAAUUGUCCCUCCCGGACCCCCCUUCCCUCAUCCCCAACCACGCCCUCCGCAGCCUCAUCUCCAAUUUCACCCUCCUCUCCCUCCCAAAGCCCCCCCAAACCCCCAAUCCGCAAUCCCUAAUUCACCUCCUCACCUCCCGCUCCUCCCAGCUCGAACAAAAGCUCAAUUCGCUCGACCAGCUCGCCCGCCUCUGCAAGCGCGACUCCUCAAUUCGCCGCCGAUUGGCCGAGUCCGGCGCCGUGUCGGCGGUUCUGAACUGCAUCGGGUCGGGGGAGCCCGGCCUCCAGGAGAAAUCCCUCCAUUUUGUCCUCAAUCUCAGCCUCGACGACGACUGCAAGAUAGGGCUCGUCGCCGAGGGAAUCGUCGGGAAAAUCGUCUACGCGCUCCACUGCGGCGUCGGCGACUCACGCGCGGUCGCCGCCACCGUGCUCACCAGCCUCGCCGUGCUCGAGGUCAACAAGGUCACGAUCGGGUCAUACCCGGACGCGAUCCCGGGUCUGGUUUCCCUCCUACAAAUUGGCAAUUCAAGAGAGCGGAAGGAAGCGGCCACCGCGUUGUUCACUCUCUGCUCCUUCUCCGACAAUCGAAUUCGCGCAAUUCAGUCCGGGGCGGUGCCGAUUCUGAUCCAAAACGCCGAUUCGGGCCUCGAGCGGGCCGUGGAGGUCCUCGGCCUCCUCGCAAAAUGCAAGCUUGCUAGAGAUGAAAUGCUGAGAUUUUGUGGGUUUUUGGAUGUUUUAAUUGGGAUUGUGAGCAAUGGGAGCUCAAGAGGAGUGCAGUAUGCUCUGCUGACUCUGAGCUCCCUCUGUUGCUACAAUGAAAAGAUGGGUUUGGAGGCUUUGAGAGAGGGAUUGUUUGAGACAUGUGUAGGUUUAUUGGAGGAUGACAAUGAGAAGGUGAGGAGGAAUGCUAAUAUGUUGAUUCAGAUAUUGCAAGGGAAGAGGAAAAAUGUAUGAUCUUGUUGUGGAUUGAAGUGUGGUAAAAAAAUAUUUGAUCUUGAAGAUGAUGCAUCUCUCAAAACAGGUAGAUACUGAAAGAUCAGAAAUUGGUAGUGACUCUGUGCUUUUGUCCAAAUGGUAUUAAUGCUUUCUGAUUCCUCACUGCAAUAUGACCGUUGCUAGGAUUAUUCUUUUGCUAGCAAUUUGAAUUUUUGUGGAAGACAAAUUCUCUGAGUUCUCUCUGUUUUGGUGAAUUUGCUGUGUGGAGGUGAAGCUACAGUGGUGUAAUUUGUAAAGACUGCUUUUUUAUGAAAGAAUCAACUAUUUUGUGAAA